GAUAUUCAGUUUUUGCUGGCGCGACAUCAGUUUUGAGUUAGCUAUCAACGCGAGCGGGUCUUUCUCUUUGCAAGCGACAAACAUUAAUUUUUAAGGAUCAUCUACGAACGAACUACCCUCCGCCCCCUCUCACCAGAUACAUACAUUGCACUGUUCUCUAUUGUUGUUCUUGUUUGUGAUCGAUCCCCCCUACACCCUUGAAUAAGUUCUAUGCCCAACAUCGAACGAUCCAUUUGCGAAUUCGAAUCGAAUUGAUAAAGAAGCAGAAUUAAGCUUAAAACAGUUUUGCACACCCACACACACACCCACACACACACAUAUACAUACACACAAGCAGCAACUGCAACUGUUGAUAACAAAAACAAAACAAAAAACAAAAAAAAGCAACAAAAAAGAAAAGAAAAAACAAAAUAAUCGAGAUAAAAUAACGAAAAGUGUGCAACCCCUUCAAUCGAACAGCAGCGACAGCAACUGCACCACCAGCAACUGCACCGUAAAAAAACAGCCACAACAUGAUGAUGGAGAACGGACUCUCCAUGGAGUACGGAGAUGGCUAUAUGGAGCAGGAGGAGGAAUGGGAGCGCGAGGGAUUGCUUGAUCCGGCGUGGGAGAAGCAACAGAAGAAGACAUUUACCGCGUGGUGUAACAGUCAUUUGCGUAAGGCCGGCACUGCCAUCGACAACAUCGAGGAGGACUUCCGCAAUGGCCUCAAGUUGAUGCUGCUGCUGGAGGUGAUUUCCGGCGAGACUCUGCCCAAGCCCGAUCGCGGCAAGAUGCGUUUCCACAAAAUCGCCAACGUGAACAAGGCUCUUGAUUUCAUCGCAUCAAAGGGCGUGCAUCUGGUGUCGAUUGGUGCCGAGGAGAUCGUCGAUGGCAAUCUCAAAAUGACGCUGGGCAUGAUCUGGACGAUCAUCCUGCGUUUCGCCAUUCAGGACAUCUCCGUCGAGGAGAUGACCGCCAAGGAGGGUCUGCUGUUGUGGUGCCAGCGCAAGACGGCGCCCUACAAGAACGUCAACGUACAGAACUUCCAUCUGUCCUUCAAGGACGGUUUGGCCUUCUGUGCGCUCAUCCAUCGUCAUCGCCCAGAUCUGAUCGACUAUGCCAAGCUUUCCAAAGACAAUCCGUUGGAGAAUCUGAACACUGCCUUCGAUGUUGCUGAGAAAUAUCUUGAUAUUCCAAGGAUGUUGGAUCCAGAUGAUUUAAUCAACACUCCAAAACCGGAUGAACGUGCCAUCAUGACGUACGUCUCCUGCUACUAUCACGCCUUCCAGGGAGCCCAACAGGUUGGAAAUGUGACGCAUGUACCCGAACCCACAAGACAAUACACCUACGUCCCGAAUAAUUACAAUGCGGAAACGGCAGCAAACCGUAUUUGCAAGGUGCUCAAGGUCAACCAGGAGAAUGAGCGUCUCAUGGAGGAGUACGAACGUCUGGCCAGCGAUCUGCUGGAAUGGAUCCGUCGCACCAUGCCAUGGCUCAACUCCCGCCAGGCGGACAACUCGCUGGCCGGAGUACAGAAGAAGCUUGAAGAGUACCGCACGUACCGACGCAAGCACAAGCCACCACGUGUUGAGCAGAAAGCAAAACUCGAAACUAACUUUAACACUCUGCAGACGAAGCUGCGUCUGUCCAACCGUCCAGCCUACUUGCCCACCGAGGGCAAGACAGUGUCUGACAUCUCCAACUCAUGGAAGGGUCUCGAGCUCGCCGAGAAGGCCUUCGAGGAAUGGCUGCUCGCCGAGACCAUGCGCCUGGAGCGUCUCGAACAUUUGGCCCAGAAGUUCAAGCAUAAGGCCGAUGCCCAUGAGGACUGGACCCGCGGCAAGGAAGAGAUGCUGCAGUCCCAGGACUUCCGUCAAUGCAAGCUGAACGAGCUGAAGGCCCUCAAGAAGAAGCACGAAGCCUUUGAGUCUGAUCUGGCCGCCCACCAAGAUCGCGUCGAACAAAUUGCCGCCAUUGCCCAGGAGCUCAACACUCUGGAGUACCACGAUUGCGUGUCGGUUAACGCACGUUGCCAGCGCAUCUGCGAUCAGUGGGAUCGUCUCGGUGCCCUAACCCAGCGUCGUCGCACCGCCUUGGAUGAGGCUGAACGCAUUCUGGAGAAGAUCGAUAUCUUGCAUUUGGAGUUUGCGAAGAGGGCGGCGCCAUUCAACAACUGGUUGGACGGCACACGCGAGGAUCUGGUCGAUAUGUUCAUUGUGCACACCAUGGAGGAGAUUCAGGGUCUGAUCCAAGCGCACGAUCAAUUCAAGGCGACACUCGGCGAAGCCGACAAGGAGUUCAAUUUGAUUGUGAACCUGGUGCGUGAGGUCGAAUCGAUUGUCAAGCAACACCAGAUACCCGGUGGCCUCGAGAAUCCCUACACCACGUUGACCGCCCACGACAUGACACGCAAGUGGAGCGAUGUUCGUCAACUGGUGCCACAGCGCGACCAAACGCUGGCCAACGAGUUGCGAAAGCAGCAGAACAACGAGAUGCUGCGUCGCCAGUUCGCCGAGAAGGCCAACACCGUUGGACCCUGGAUCGAGCGUCAAAUGGAUGCGGUCACAGCCAUCGGUAUGGGACUGCAGGGUUCGCUGGAGGAUCAAUUGCAUCGUCUGAAGGAGUACGAGCAGGCGGUGUAUGCCUACAAGCCAAACAUCGAGGAGCUCGAGAAGAUCCACCAGGCCGUCCAAGAGUCGAUGAUCUUUGAGAAUCGCUACACGAACUACACGAUGGAAACGCUGCGCGUUGGCUGGGAGCAGUUGCUCACCUCGAUCAAUCGCAACAUCAACGAGGUGGAGAAUCAAAUACUGACACGCGACUCCAAGGGCAUCAGCCAGGAGCAGCUGAACGAGUUCCGCUCCAGUUUCAAUCAUUUCGAUAAGAAUCGCACCGGUCGCUUGACGCCCGAGGAGUUCAAAUCGUGCCUCGUCUCGCUGGGCUAUUCGAUUGGCAAGGAUCGUCAGGGUGACCUGGACUUCCAGCGCAUCUUGGCUGUCGUCGAUCCCAACAACACCGGCUACGUGCACUUUGAUGCCUUCCUCGACUUUAUGACCCGCGAGAGCACCGACACCGACACUGCCGAGCAAGUCAUCGAUUCCUUCCGAAUCCUGGCCGCCGACAAGCCAUACAUAUUGCCCGAUGAGCUGCGCCGUGAAUUGCCACCAGAUCAGGCCGAAUACUGCAUCCAGCGCAUGCCACCAUACAAGGGACCCAAUGGCGUGCCCGGCGCCCUGGACUAUAUGUCGUUCAGCACAGCUCUCUAUGGCGAGACCGAUUUGUAAAGCAACGCCACCCAACACCACUAACACCCCUCCCCAUCCACCCCCCUACUCAAAGCUCUCCCAUGUGCCGUGGAGCAGAGAGAUCAUAUAAUAAUUGAUAAAUUUUAAUAAUGAUAAUAUUAAUAAACAUAGAUUUAUUAUUAUACUACACUCGUAAAGGUAACUUCAAACAAAACAAAAAAGAAUAAGAAAAAGAAAAAGAAAACAAGAGCAAACAACAACAAAAAAGAUGCAAAAAUGAACAUAUUAUAAUUUCGAGCGAAUUAUAUAUAUUGUAUAUCUCGAUGUAUGCCAUCUUCGACAUACUACGUACAUCUUUAAAAAGCCGAUUGUUAAAUAGCAAAACAAACAACAAAUGCAUAUCGAAUAUCCAACAAAGAAAAAAGAAAACUACAACAACAACUACAAAACGUCUAUAAAACAUUAUUUUUUGAAAUUUUUGUUAAUAAAACAAACAAAACAAAAAAUCAACAAAAACAACAAAACAACAACAA